GAGUAGUGGCGUUCGCGUAUAGGGUACAUACUAGAUCGACAAUAAAACAGCUAACAGUUAGAUGUUCUUUGUCGACGAAUGAAAAUAUUUGUUUAGAGUAUUUUUAAUUGAUUAAGUAUCUUAUUCGACUUUGAAAUCAUUCAGUUGCAUUGUAUGUACAUACAUACAACAAUAAAAUACCGUCGGAGUCGAAUGACAACGUAACCUAUACGCUUCAACGAAAAAGGCGGGAAGCUUAUAAAGAAAAGAGACUGAUUUAAAUUGAAAGUAAUGUAAAUUAUAAUUUUAUUAACAAGAUAAAGGAAACUAUGCAACAAAGGGUGUGCGAGCUCGGCGAGAAAAGUUAACAGGUCUGAUGCCUUACAACCGAGGACUGCGACUAUGCCUAAGGAAAAUUGAAAAUUGAAGACGUAUAAGCCGGCCGCCCUUUUCACCCGAGGUAUACUAAUUGUAGUAGGUAAAUAAGAAAAGAAAAAGACGAAACGUGAUUUCUGGAUUUCUGGAAUUUGAACGUUAAUCAUGCAGAAAAAGGCUAGAAAAACAAGGCGUCAGCUUUUAGCGGAGAAAGCAGCGACGCAGCAACAGCUGAUAAACAAGGCAAAUGCCCUGACAAAUCCUUUGGAGACUCUGCAAAAGUUCCACGAUUACGCGACGAGGGAUAAUGACACAAUCGAGCUCGUUUGCGUUAAAGCGAGAGACGCACGAUCGGAGUGUCUCUCUUGGAUCAUGGAUAUUAUGGAGAGAAACAUGAAGGAUAUGUACGAGCGAUCCAGUUGGAGCUGGAACGCGGCUGAGAAACGGGCGGAAUUGACGGAAGAAACAGCAUGGUACCUAAUAGCGUCGUGCAACGACAAAUUUCUCGGUUUCUCGCACUUUCGAUUCGACACUGAUAACGGCGACGUAGUAUUAUACUGCUACGAAUUACAAUUGGAACCGUCGGUCAGGCGCAAAGGGCUUGGUCGCUUUAUGAUGUCAGCUCUGGAAUCCAUGGCGUAUCAGAACCAGAUGCUGAAAGUCGUCUUGACCGUUUUCAAGCACAACCCAUCGGCAAUACAAUUUUUCUACGCUCUCGGAUAUAAAUUAGACAAUUCAAGUCCACCGGCCUCGGCGCACUUGGACUAUAUAAUUUUGAGUAAACAAAAUUUAUAUGGAUAAAUGCAAAGCAACGCAAGCUACA